AUGCCCACUGCUGUUUAUAUUCAGUCCACCGCUCCUAUUCAAGGUAUUGUCCCUUUGAUUAUUCUAGACGCUAGCUCAACUUCUAGCACUCUUUCGAACCAAAGGAUGAUGUCUAGAAAAACAACUCUCCAUCACCCAAGAAAUCAACCAGCUGAAUCCGGUGGUAGAGUCAUUCAAGGAGCUAGCUACAGCUUUCCAGGUGGCAUUGGGGGAAGCACAUGCUCAUGGCCCGAAGUCCUAGUUGUCUCUGAGGUGAACCAGCUCACCCUGGCCAAAGUUGGUUACACAUUACCUCGACAAUAG